CAGACCGACCUCGCAUCGCAUCGCAUCGCAUCGCAAUCAUGUAUAAAUCCAGAAAUUUUAGACUCCAUCCAAAACUAAUCCUAACAUGCGGGGGUUUUUAACUUCUUAUUUUUCAAAGGCUAAAAUCAACGAAUUUUAAGCUUCAUUGCCCCAACACCAAAAAUCAUGCUUCUUAACCGCAUUAGCCAUGGAUUUUGCCACCUUGACCCCAAUCUGGAGGCUCUGAGUUUUGCCCGCCGGAGGGUGUCGGUGCCGUUCCGGGCGAGGCCUGUGGCAUUUCUUAAUUGGCUUCGGGGGAGGAAAAACGAUAAGCGGCGGUCGUUAUGCACCGCCGACGAGCUUCACUAUGUCCCUGUUUCCGACUCCGAUUGGAAGCUCGCUCUCUGGCGCUACCUGCCUUCUUCCCAGGCACCUACCAGGAACCACCCACUUUUAUUAUUGUCAGGCGUUGCAACCAAUGCUAUUGGCUAUGAUCUCUCCCCCGAGUCUUCAUUUGCUCGGUUCAUGUCUGCACAAGGAUUUGAUACAUGGACCCUUGAAGUUCGUGGUUCUGGAUUAAGCACGCGCGGAGGUGACUCAGAGGAACAUAUGAACGACCUUGGAGCUUCGUUUGUCUCAGAAACUCCUUCCAUGAAAAUCAGAGAGUCAGAAUAUGAGAUAGUAACUAAAUAUGGGGAACUACCACCAACACCGAAGAUGAUGGAUGUCUCUACAAGAUUAUCCAAUAAAUUUUCAGACGUUAUCAGUGGGGAUUUGCGGGGAAUGAGGCAAAAUUCUACUAUUGCUAGUCAAAUCAGGGAUUUGAAACGUCAGCUUCAGACUACUACUGGAGGGGAUCAGCCAUUAUUCCCAGCGCACGUUUUGGAGCUGCAAGAACGUCUUAUAGCCUCCAUGCAGGAAUUUCAGGAACAACUUGAGCUGGUUACGAAUAAUGAUUGGGACUUCGACCAUUACCUGGAAGAGGAUGUGCCUGCUGCGAUGGAGUAUAUAAGGAAUAAAUGCCAACCGAAGGAUGGAAAAGUGCACGCUAUUGGUCACUCAAUGGGGGGUAUCCUGUUAUAUGCAACUCUCUCACGCUGUCGUUUUCUUGGAAAGCAUUCUGGGCUGGCAUCAGUUGUUACAUUGGCAUCGUCACUUGACUAUUCACCGUCAAGAUCAUCUCUCAAGUUGCUUUUACCACUGGCGGAGCCUGCUCAGGCAUUAAAGAUUCCUGUUAUUCCAGUAGGGCCAAUACUUGCUGCCGUUUAUCCUCUCGCGAACUAUCCUCCUUAUGCUUUAUCAUGGCUAAAUUAUCAGAUUUCGGCUCAAGAAAUGGAUCAAAAGCUGUUCCAAAAACUUGUUUUGAACAACUUCUGUACAAUACCUUCUAAGCUUCUCUUACAGUUAAAAUCAGUUUUCGAGAAGGGUGGUUUAUGUGAUAGGAGUGGUACUUUCUUCUACAAAGAACAUCUCCCAAAGAGCAAGGUGCCUAUCUUAGCAGUCGCUGGUGACCAAGAUCUAAUCUGCCCUCCCGAAGCUGUAUACGAAACGGCUAAGCUUGUUCCUGAAGACUUGAUUACCUAUAAGGUUUUUGGUGAGCCCGGAGGUCCACACUAUGCCCACUAUGACUUGGUGGGGGGUCGUAAGGUUGCAGAUCAAGUGUAUCCAUGUUUAAUAGAGUUUCUCAUUCACCAUGACAUGGAUUAGCCCAUUUCUCCUCUUAGAUGACAUGCGCAUCUUUUCUUUCUUUUUUAACUAUACUUCAAAAAGAUGACAGGAUCAGUUCUUUGCAGAGAAGAUACCCCUUCGAGAUCCUGUGUGUGUGUGUGUUUUAUAUAAUAUAUGAUCCAAGGCAAAGAAAGACUUUCCGUUGUAUAUAUUAUUAGCCCAACCCAACACUUGAAGUCCAUAAAGUUGUAAAGAGAACGUGAAUGACAUUGAAUAUGAAGCACUUACAAACA